AUGUCCACUCCCGAGAUCCUUCUCUUCGCCCGCGGCGUCGUCGCCCUCCUGGACCUCUGGCCGGCGCUCACCAUCGCCGUCCGCGAGCAGUGGGGCGGCCACGAGUCGGCCGACAAGAAGACGUGGCUCGCAUCCGAGCUCAUUGACGCGUUCGAGUCGGCCGUUGUCGACACCCCCGAGGGCCCCCGUCUCGACCCCAGCACUGCCGCCGAGCCCCCACUCGACAUUGACCAGCUCGCCGACAUGCUCACCCAGGUCAUGAGCGACGAGUUUGAGGCCGCCAUCGAGGACGGCAGUGUCGACCCCUUGGCCACGGACAUUCUCCGCCUGUGGCGUGACGUCGUUGCCCCCACCCAGCGCCCGGCCGAGGAGACUGUCGGUGCCCUUGAGCGCAAGGCCGCCGAGGUCAGCCGCCAGGGUGUCGCUGCUACUUCGGGUGGUGGUGCCCACGAGGUCGACGAGAACGGCGAGGAGUGGGAGAGCGACUCGGACGACGACGAGGACGACGGCGUGCCCCAGCUCGUUCCCGCCGAGGAGCAGCAGCCCCGCGAGCGCGAGGAGCCCAUCGUCGACGACGACGGAUUCACCCUUGUCCAGAAGCCCCGCCGCCGCUAA